AUGUCGGGGAUUCUAGCAAAGCAAGAAACACCAUCACUGUGGCGCCGCAAGGCCGUAUCAUCACGAUGGAGAAGGACCAUUGUAUUCUUACUCAUGGUUUUCGCCUUUUUGUCGGCGCUGACUAUAACUUCCAAACAAAUCGGUCGAGUAUGCUAUGGGAACUCUUGCGGCAUGUUCGGAUUGCGGGAAAUGCUGCCCAAGUUCGCACCCGACAGAGCGCACAGUAACCCUGGGGACAACAUAGUCGACGACCGAGAUCCGAUACAGGGUCACAACAUGGCAGAGGACGCCAAGGCUUCAAUUCGCAGUGACGAUGAGUGCGCUCACUUCCCAGAUACCUCGAACGUUUUAAUACUCAUGAAGACUGGGGCAUCUGAGGCUUAUUCGAGGCUUCCUGUCCAUCUGUUGACAAUGCUAAAGUGUCUACCGAACAACUUCCUCCUAUUCAGCGACAUGGCCGAGAAUAUUGCCGGUCAUACUGUUUACGACAGUCUCGAAAAUGUGUUAGACUCGGUCAAGGAAAGCAACGGCGACUUCCACAUUUACCAUCGCCAGAACCAGUGUCCCAUUGCUCACGAGCAGUGUAACCGGGAUCACGAUGUUGGCUUUGAGGGGUGGAAUCUCGACAAGUACAAGAAUGUUCAUAUCGCGGAGAGGGCAUAUAAAAUGAGACCAAACUACGAUUGGUACUUUUUCAUCGAUGCUGAUACAUACGUCAGCUUCCCGACUCUGAUGGACUGGCUGCCUUCCGUUGAUUCAAACAAGCUUCACUAUAUCGGCCACCAGAAACAUUCUGGUACUUUCCCGUUUGCUCAUGGCGGUAGCGGAUACCUCAUGUCCAAAGCCAUAAUGCGCUCCAUGUUUUUUGGCAGAACGGGUGUCGCAAACAAGUAUGACGAGCCUACCCAGCAGGGCUGCUGUGGUGAUAUUAUGUGGAGUGAAAUCGUGCUCAACGAAACUGGACUGACUCCGGAGAACAUGUGGCCAGCCAUUAACGAGUUCAAACCACGCACCUUUAGUUACUACGAGGACCAGUGGUGCCAGCCUAUUAUCACAUUACAUCAUGUCAAUGGCGAGGAAAUCAACGAUUUAUACGCUUUUGAGAAAGAGCAAAAGUUUGCCCACAGGAUAACCAUCAAAGAUGUCUACAACCAGUUCGUGGCAGCCCACCUUCAAGAGGUGCAACCAGACUGGGACAAUGAGAGUGAAGACGUGUAUUAUUUGGAUGGAGAGGCCAGAGAGUACGAGGAGUCGGAGCUGGACAAGGCCAAGAAAGAAGACUUGUCGGAUCAGGAACGAGAAGCACAUAAGAGCCAUUCAGACUGUAGAGCAGCCUGUGAGGCACAAGAGGACUGUUUUCAAUGGAGGUAUCGAAAGGGCAUUUGCGGUUUAAGUUAUAAGAAGUUUAAGCAUGGUACUGCGGUAAAGCGGGACGACGACGACUCACAACGCGCCUUUAGCGGCUGGGAUAUGAAGAGGAUCAAGAAGUGGAUUAACGAACAAGGCGAUUGUGAUGGGCCGUAUCAAUGGCGCGUACAGGACAAUAAGGAGUAG